AUGGCGCAACAACAGGACCCUUUCCUCUAUGCGCUGAGCUCCAACAACGCGUGGGCUGGCUACAAGGCGCAUCAGAACCCGGCCUUUUUCUCCAAGUUGGCUAGCGGCCAGUCUCCUCAGAUUCUCUGGCUGGGAUGCUCCGACUCGCGAUGCCCUGAGACUACAAUCCUGGGGCUGCAGCCGGGCGACGUGUUUGUGCACCGCAACAUCGCCAACAUCAUCUCGCCGACCGACAUCAACACGUCGGCCGUGAUCGAGUACGCGGUGGCGCUCCUCAAGGUCAAGCACGUGGUCCUGUGCGGGCACACGGCGUGCGGCGGCGCGGCGGCGGCCCUCUCGGACUCGCGCGUCGGCGGAGUGCUGGACACGUGGCUGACGCCUCUCAAGGCGGUCCGCCAGGAGCAUGCGGAGGAGCUCGAUGCCAUCAAGGACGACGCGGCGCGGGCCAUGCGCAUCGCCGAGUUCAACGUCGAGGCGGGCGUCAAGGUGCUCCUCGCCAACUUCACCGUGCAGGAGGCCAUCCGCGAUCGCGGCCUCGAGGUCCACGGCUGCCUGUUCGAUAUCGCCAGCGGGCGCAUCCGGGACCUGGGCUACGGCACCAAGGGCGGCCGCGGCUUCUCCGGCGACGGCUCAGACGACGUGGUGCGCGGCAAGUACGCACAGCUGGUGUUCCGAGGCGGAAAUGCCUCUAUGGCGGCCCUGCAGUGA